AUGUCUCUUCCUGCCGACACGCCUCUAUGGAGUAUCCACUCGAUUCAAGAACGUCGCACCAAGUAUGUGUAUAUCCCACCACCUCCAACCGAGCUGCCGUCCCUCGUCAAGCGUGACCAAACUAAAGUCCGAUCCGGUGGUUUUGUACUGAUCGAUGACAACGGGCUAGCUAGUGGUGGAUGGUAUGACAUCAAGUCAAUGAACUAUACCAAGGGACUUGAAACUGGUAACUCUAUCGGUAACCCAUUCGUCAUCCUUCGAUUUGAAGAUGGAAAUCUUAAACUCUACGAUCGACAAACUAACCAAGUAAUAUGGACCAACCCAACAACCGAUGAUCGGAGACUUCAAACAACGACAACAACAACAACAACAACAACACCAGUUGAAGGUCAAAAGUAUAUUUAUCGAUCCGGUCCCAAUUGUGCUAGUAAUACUAAAAAUGCAAGAGCUAAAACCUUUUGUUUACAGCAUUGUUUAUUUAUUCAAGACAAUAACAAGAAGAAACAAUGUCAAGAAGAUUCAUCAUCAUGGACAUCUCAUUGGGCUCCAGAGACACAUGAGAAUGUUAUCUAUAUUGCAUUGGCACCCAACUAUCCAGAGAUAUUAUUAUUAGAUUCACAAGGUGCCAUUCAAUGGUCAUCAGGUACACAUACAUUUAAUUUCUUUAAAGAUUUAAAUAAAUAA